AUGGCCUCGGCGUCUUCGUCUUCGUCAAUUGCAGAGCGCAAGGUACGCCAGACUGAUCUCACCUCGAAAGUCGACCACUGACCCAUCUAGGUCGGCUUCCUCGAUCUCCCCGUCGAGCUCCGCAACGAGAUCUACGAGCUCAGCACCGUUCAGAUCCUCCCCGUCACCAUCGUCUCGUGCCGAGUCUCGGAGCCCGCUAUCAGGUAUCCUUCUCCCACGCGAAGAGCACCGGCGCGUACUAAUCUUUCACCCAGCAAACUCAACCGCAAGACUCGCGCGGAAGCCCUCCCUAUCUUCUACGGCCAGAACAUCUUCGGCUCUCCACACCGACAAGGUCUGUCCACUUUCCUCCAAUCCCUCGAUCGAGAGCGCGUCCACAUGCUGCGCAAUGUGCGCCUUGCGUACGUCGCUAAGCCCCUGAAUGAUGCAUACGUCACUCUCCGCAGUGUCACGUACGGAGGCGACCAUGUUCUGUCGGAGGGGCUCGUGCAUGUCAUGAUAGAUGUGGAACCGGUGAGAUCUUCGAUGUGGGACGCAGCGGAGCAGCGGAGAGGUGCGCAAUUGCUGCAGCUUGUGCCUCGGGGUCGCCGCCGUGCCAUCACUCCCCCGGGGCGAUUCUGGGCCAACAACCAAGCUCAGAGCCAGCAGGGCAGCAGCAGUAGCAGCAGCAGCAGUGGCAGCUUAUGGAGCUUCGUAAGGCUUUCUAGGAACUCCGUUCGGCCCACACGCAGUGAGCCGAUUUGGGUCAGCCUGGCCACGUUGAAGGAGUACGCGCAGCUCCACCUGGGCGGACCUAUCCAUCGAGAGAAGGACAUCAAAUGGAACUUGGAAGAUGGUGGAUUGAAGAUCUCGGAGGUUGAAUAA